CUCAAAGGUCUGCAUCCACAGGGCAUUCAACCAGCAUGUGUUGCUGUCAAGUCAUUGGACAUUUCCUCCCUUCUUUCGAAUGAUAAAGUACCUUGUUUUGUCUUUUAGGCUAGACCAUUAGAAGUAAGCAAGUCAAGCUGGAUUAUUCAUCAGUGUGAGAGUUGACCGCGUAAGACGAGAUACAGAAGAUGGAGAGUCCUCCUGUGGAGUCCGCCUCACCCGGGGCGACCACCAUCAGCAACGCUGCAGACAUCUCCGUCAUUAUCGGGUACUUUAUCCUGGUGAUCAGCGUGGGGAUAUGGUCCAUGCUCCGGAACAACCGUUCCACUGUGGGGGGAUACUUCUUGGCCGGUCGGACCAUGACCUGGUGGCCGGUCGGUGCAUCCCUGUUCGCCAGUAACAUCGGCAGCGGCCACUUCGUGGGCCUGGCCGGCACAGGGGCUGCUAGCGGGAUCGCCGUGGGAAGCUUUGAAUGGAACGCCUUGUUUAUUGUGCUGUUGCUUGGCUGGCUGUUUGUACCCGUCUACCUCACAGCUGGGGUGAUAACAAUGCCCCAGUACCUGAAGAAGAGGUUUGGUGGCUCCAGGAUUAGCCUGUACCUCUCCGUCAUCUCCUUGUUCCUCUACAUUUUCACCAAGAUCUCUGUGGACAUGUUCUCUGGAGCUGUGUUCAUACAACAGGCUUUAGGGUGGAACAUCUACGUGGCUGUCAUCGCCCUUCUGUCCAUCACGGCUCUAUACACCAUCACAGGUGGACUGGCUGCUCUGAUGUACACGGACAUGGUUCAGACGCUGGUGAUCAUUGCCGGGGCGGUUGUCCUGACUGCCUUCUCGUUAUCCAAGGUGGGGGGCUACGCCGCCCUGCUGGCCCGCUACAGCACUGCACUGCCCAACGCCACCGAGUCCCUUGACCCCCAGCGCUACAACAUCUCGGCCCGCUGCUACACCCCGCGGCCGGACGCCUUCCAGCUGCUCCGGGACCCGGUGGAGGGGGACCUGCCCUGGCCCGGGGUGCUGUUUGGGAUCGCCAUCGUGGGGGGCUGGUACUGGUGCACGGACCAGGUGAUUGUCCAGCGGUGCCUGGCGGCUCGCAGCCUCACCGACGUGAAGGCCGGCUGCAUCCUCUGCGGAUACCUUAAGCUGCUGCCUAUGUUCCUCAUGGUGUUCCCCGGCAUGAUCAGCAGGGUGCUCUUCCCAGACGAGGUGGGCUGCGUGGUUCCCGAGGUGUGUAAGCGGGUAUGUGGGACUGAGGUGGGGUGCUCCAACAUCGCCUAUCCUAAACUGGUGGUCUCCGUCAUGCCAAACGGGCUGCGUGGUCUGAUGCUGGCUGUGAUGCUGGCGGCCCUCAUGUCCUCCCUGGCCUCCAUCUUCAACAGCAGCAGCACCCUCUUCACCAUGGACAUCUGGACCCGUCUGCGACCGCAGGCCGCUGAGAGCGAGCUCAUGCUCGUGGGAAGAAUCUGGGUACUGGUCAUAGUGGGCGUUAGCAUCUGUUGGAUACCAGUCGUGCAGGCCGCCCAGAGUGGUCAGCUGUUUGACUACAUCCAAUCAGUGACCAGCUAUCUGGCCCCGCCCAUCGCAUCAGUUUUCUUCCUGGCCGUGUUUGUUAGGCGGGUCAAUGAACCGGGUGCAUUCUGGGGUCUGAUGGGAGGCCUGGCGAUGGGCCUGUGUCGGAUGGUUCCAGAGUUCUGGUUCGGUACGGGUAGCUGCCUUUUCCCCUCGGCCUGCCCGCCUGUGAUCUGCGGCGUCCACUACCUGUACUUUGCCGUGCUGCUCUUCCUCUGCACCUCCGUGUUGGUGCUGCUGGUCAGCUACAGCACCGAGCCCCUGAACGCCCAACACCUCCAUCGUCUGGUGUUCAGCCUACGUCACUCCAAAGAGGAGAGGGAGGACCUUGACUGGAAGGAGGAGGAGAGAAGGAAAACACGACGCAGAGAGGUGGAACAGAGGAAAAGAGAAAAGGCUGAAAGUGACCCAGCGGCUCGAAGGAAAGUCAAGUCUGGUAUCCGGCGCCUGAUUGGAUGGUUCUGUGGCAUGGACGGCGGCUCUCAGACCCCGGAGCACACUGACCAGGAAGUGGCUGAGGCGCCAGAAGAACUGCCUGAUAUCAGUGAGGACCCCAUGUGGAAGCACUGUGUAGAUGCCAACGCCAUCAUCAUGAUGGCUGUCGCCGUCUUCAUGUGGGGUUACUUUGCAUAGUUCCACCAGAAUGAGACCUAGCAUUAAAAAGUACAUGAUUGUAUACCAAAUAAAGUCGGUCAAACAUA